GCGCCGCACCACCUCUCACACGCGCGGCUAUGGCAGAUGUGGCAAGGGCGGCGACAAAUCCGCCAGAUCCAACAUCAAAAUGGCUAGCUAGGGAAGGCAGGUAAGCAAGGCGGCGAGAAUGGUUGAUGGGUGAUUUGCGGAAGCUGGCGACGGUAGGGGCGAUCGAGCCAGAUCGGGGCCGGGGAGGCUCACCGAAGCUGGAGAAGACAGCGGCGAGCGAGCUCGCUAGAUCUGGAGAAGAUGGCGGUGGUGGGGAAGAGAGAAAGAAGGCAGCCGCCGCGGGUGCUAGGAUUCGCCGGAGCUCCGACGAUCCCUAGCACACGUGGUGGGGCAGUGGUCGGAGGCGAGGGCGAGGGCAUGAGAGUCAGAGCAUGUUGUUUUGCCCUUUUUUUUGGCAACCAGCUCUAGCUCGCUAGGGCUCCGCUGAACCAUAGCGCCGGCAGCUGGGCGGUGGUCGGCGGCGGAGGGUUUCUACCCCUCCAAAUCCGUCCUCGCUCCACGGCCAUGGCGAAGACGAAGCAGGGAAAGAAGGACGUGGAUUCGUACACCAUCCGCGGCACCAACAAGCUCGUCCAUGUGGGUGACUGCGUGCUGAUGCGGGCGUCGGACUCGGACAACCAACCGUAUGUGGCGCGGGUGGAGAAGAUGGAGGCCGAUGGGCGCGGCAGCGUGCGGGUGCGUGUGCGCUGGUACUACCGCCCUGAGGAGUCCAAGGGCGGCCGCCGGCAGUUCCACGGCGCCAAGGAGCUAUUCCUCUCCGACCAUUUCGACCUGCAGAGCGCACACACCAUUGAGGGGAAGUGCGUUGUCCACUCUUUCAAGAACUACACCAAGCUUGACAAUGUCGGGCCUGAGGACUUCUUCUGCCGAUUUGAGUACAAGGCGGCCACUGGUUCCUUCACCCCUGACCGCGUGGCAGUGUAUUGCAAAUGUGAGAUGCCAUACAACCCUGAUGACCUCAUGGUGCAGUGCGACGCUUGCAAGGACUGGUUCCAUCCAUCUUGCAUGUCUAUGACCAUUGAACAGGCCAAAAAGCUAGAUCACUUUGUUUGCUCAGACUGUUUGAAAGAAAAUGGUUCAAAGAGACUUUCAAAUGCAUAUGCCACUUCACCAAAUUCUGAGCCCAAGGCUGAAUCAAAAAGGCAGAGGAGGUGACAACUCCGAUUGGCAACAACAUCCAUGGGUAAGGGGGAGAUGUGCUGCUUAUGUGGUAUAUCAGCCCUUUUGCUGUGGUCAGAGCAGUGUACAGUUCACUAGAACCAGUUGUUUGCUGUUUUAGGGGAACGGUUUUGUUCGAUGUAGCCAGUGUGGCAUCAUCGCAUGCAGUUGUUGGUAGAGGGGCAAAGAACAAUCCUUGUGUUGACUUGGUCAGCUUAGCCGUUGUUAAUGUACUGUGUUAACUGUUAACAGCUCCCUUUGGGAUUGAUAAUGCAAGUCUUGCAGUUGUUGAUAAA